CUCUGAUGGCUCCCGACCCCAGCAGACGCCUCUGGCUGCUGCUGUUGCUGCUCUACUGCUGCCCUGAGCCUGCCAGGCCUGACAACAAUCCCCUGAAUCCCUUGAAUCCCCUCAGGCCUCUGGCUUGGCUGUGGCCCACCAAGACCGACCAUCCGGUCUCCAAGUCCCAGAUCAGUUCACCUGUGCAGUCCACAGGGAGCCCCACCACGCACGUGGUCCCCCAGGAUGGCCUUACAGAUCAGCAGACGACUCCUGCCGACCCCAGGCUACCCCUGGAGGAUCGGGAAGCUGGCCAGAAUGGGACCCCUACAGCUCCUGCCCUCCCCAUUCCCCCGACGGCCUCUGCCGCCGCGAGCCCAGACAUGAAGGAGGAGAAUGUUGCCGGCGUUGGAGCCAAGAUUCUGAAUGUGGCCCAGGGCAUCCGGAGCUUCGUUCAGCUGUGGGAUGAGGACACGGCUACCGAGAACUCUGCUGGGACAGAAACCUCGGCUUCCACGAUCCCUACGGUCCUCCUCACUUCUACCGAGUUUUCCAGCGCCCCCCAGGAGGGUGAGAUCACUCUCUGGCAAAGUGGAGGUGUUCCAAGUUCUCCAGAUGUUCAGACAACUGAGGCCGGCACCCUGGCUGUGCCCACCCAGCCACCUCCCUCCCUGAAUAGCCUCCAGGCACCACUGAGAAGACCCCCAGGGCCACCAGCACCCCCAGAGAACAUCGCUGAGGAGGUGGGGCUGCCACAGCUCCUCGGGGACCCUCUGCCCCCGCAGAUCCAACAGAUCGAAGACCCCGACGUCGGGCCAGCCUACAUCUUUGGACUAGACUCCAGUGGUGGCCAGGUGGCCCAGCACCACUUCCCUAGACUCUUCUUCCGUGACUUUUCAAUCCUGUUUCAUAUUCAGCCGGCCACAAAGGCCGCAGGGGUGCUGUUUGCCAUCACAGACGCUGCGCAGACAGUGGUCUCGCUGGGCGUGAAGCUCUCGGGGGUGCAAGAUGGCUACCAGAACAUCUCACUGCUCUACACGGAACAAGGUGCCAGCCAGACCCGCACGGGCGCCAGCUUCCACCUGCCUGCGUUUGUUGGCCAGUGGACACACUUCGCGCUCAGUGUGGAUGGCCGCUCUGUGGCUCUCUACAUAGACUGCGAAGAGUUCCAGAAGGUGCCGUUUGCUCGGUCCCCGCAAGGCCUGGAACUGGAGCAUGACUCUGGCCUCUUCGUGGGUCAGGCUGGAGUAGCUGACCCUGACAAGUUCCAGGGGAAGAUCUCAGAGCUGAAGAUACGACAGAACCCCCGGGUGAGCCCUGUGCACUGCUUGGAUGAAGAUGAUGAUGAUGAAGACAGGGCAUCUGGAGACUUUGGAAGUGGCUUUGAAGAAAGCAGCAAGCCACACAGGGAGGAGGAUAUAUCUCUAGCACCCAGGCUCCCCCAGCCACCCCCUGUCACUUCCCCGCCCCUGGCUGGAGGCAGCACCACGGAAGAUUCUAGAACAGAAGAAACAGAGGAAGAAACCACGGUAGAGUCUAUAGGAGCUCAGACCCUUCCUGGCACAAGCGGUACACGGGAAGAGAGCGUCCAGAAUCAUGGAAGUGGCUUGAUAAAGGGAGGUCUGAAGGGACAAAAGGGGGAGCCAGGUGUUCCGGGCUUACCUGGCCCAGCUGGUCCCCAGGGUCCUGCAGGCCCAGUGGUACAGAACCCCAGUGCACAACCUGUCCCUGGAGCACAAGGACCCCCAGGGCCUCAGGGGCCACCAGGAAAAGAUGGAGCUCCAGGAAGGGAUGGUGAACCGGGUGACCCUGGUGAAGAUGGAAGGCCGGGUGACACUGGGCCUCAAGGCUUUCCAGGAACCCCAGGAGAAGUGGGCCCCAAGGGUGAGAAGGGAGAUCCUGGUGUUGGAGUUCGAGGACCUCCAGGACCUCCAGGGCCACCAGGACCCUCCUUUAGACAGGACAAGUUGACCUUCAUUGACAUGGAAGGAUCUGGUUUCAGUGGUGAUAUGGAGAGCCUCAGGGGCCCACGAGGCUUCCCUGGUCCCCCGGGACCCCCUGGUGUCCCAGGACUGCCUGGUGAACCAGGGCGCUUUGGAGUCAACAGCUCCUAUGCUCCAGGACCUGCAGGCCUUCCUGGUGUGCCUGGGAAGGAAGGGCCCCCCGGAUUUCCUGGCCCCCCGGGACCUCCAGGUCCUCCAGGCAAAGAGGGCCCACCAGGAGUGGCCGGCCAGAAAGGCAGUGUUGGCGAGGUGGGCAUCCCAGGACCCAAGGGGAGCAAAGGAGAUCUUGGGCCUGUCGGUGUGCCUGGAAAGACUGGCAUGGCUGGACCCCCUGGGCCAACUGGACCACCAGGACCUCCAGGCCCCCCGGGGCCACCAGGGCCAGGAUUUGCUGCUGGAUUCGAUGAUAUGGAAAGCUCUGGGAUGCCCUUCUGGCCAACAGCCCGAAGCUCCGACGGGCUGCAGGGACCUCCAGGGUUGCCAGGACUCAAGGGGGAUCCUGGAGUGGCAGGGCCACCUGGAACCAAGGGAGAAGUUGGAGCAGAUGGAAUCCAGGGCAUCCCUGGCCUCCCAGGAAGAGAGGGUGCAGCUGGGCCCCCGGGACCAAAAGGAGAGAAAGGGACCCAGGGAGAAAAGGGAAACCCAGGAAAAGACGGAGUGGGGCUUCCAGGCCUCCCUGGCCCCCCAGGACCUCCAGGGCCUGUGGUCUAUGUGUCAAAUGAGGAUAGAGCAGUGGUGAGCACGCCAGGACCUGAGGGCAAGCCAGGGUAAGCAGGCUUUCCUGGACCUGCCGGGCCGAAGGGUGACCUGGGUUCCAAAGGCGAGCAGGGUCUUCCAGGGCCCAAGGGUGAGAAAGGCGAGCCAGGUGCUAUCUUUGGCCCUGAUGGCAGAGCCCUGGGCCCUGCCCAGAAAGGAGCCAAGGGAGAACCAGGCUUCCGAGGACCCCCGGGUCCUUAAGGGCGACCUGGGCACAAGGGUGAAAUCGGCUUCCCUGGACGGCCGGGUCGUCCCGGAACAAAUGGAUUAAAGGGAGAGAAAGGGGAGCCUGGAGAUGCCAGCCUUGGGUUCAGCUUGAGGGGAUUGCCUGGCCCCCCUGGGCCUCCAGGCCCCCCAGGUCCUCCGGGAAUGCCCAUCUAUGACAGCAAUGCAUUUGUGGAGUCUGGCCGACCUGGUCUACCAGGACAGCAAGGUGUGCAGGGGCCUUCAGGACCAAAGGGUGAUAAAGGAGAGGUGGGCCCACCUGGGCCUCCAGGGCAGUUCCCCAUCGACUUCUUCCACCUGGGAGCGGAAAUGAAGGGUGACAAGGGAGACCGAGGGGACACUGGACAGAAAGGAGAGCGGGGAGAACCUGGGGCUGCUGGUGGUGGAUUCUUCAGUUCAAGUGUGCCUGGACCACCUGGCCCGCCUGGCUACCCUGGGAUUCCGGGUCCAAAGGGAGAGAGCAUUCGGGGCCCACCUGGCCCUCCUGGCCCUCAGGGACCUCCUGGUAUUGGCUAUGAGGGGCGUCAGGGACCCCCAGGACCGCCAGGACCGCCAGGACCUCCCUCGUUCCCUGGUCCUCAUAGGCAGACUGUCAGUGUUCCUGGUCCUCCAGGCCCUCCUGGCCCUCCGGGUCCCCCAGGAGCCAUGGGUGCCUCCGCUGGGGUGAGGAUCUGGGCCACAUACCAGACCAUGCUGGACAAGGUACGCGAGGUGCCGGAGGGUUGGCUCAUCUUCGUGGCUGAGAGGGAAGAGCUCUACGUACGUGUUAGAAAUGGCUUCCGGAAGGUGCUGCUGGAGGCCCGGACAGCUCUCCCACAUGGGACGGGCAAUGAGGUAGCAGCUCUGCCCCCACUGGUGCAGCUUCACGAGGGCAGCCCGUAUACCCGGCGGGAGCACUCCUAUUCCACAGCUCGGCCCUGGCGUGCAGAUGACAUCCUAGUCAACCCACCACGUCUGCCGGAUCCACAGCCUUACCCUGGAGUUCCACACCACCACAGUGCCUACGUGCACCAGCCGCCAGCCCGCCCCACAAGCUCACCUGCUCACACGCACCAGGACUUCCAGCCAGUGCUCCACCUGGUAGCACUCAACAGCCCGCUGUCAGGUGGCAUGCGUGGCAUCCGAGGGGCCGACUUCCAGUGCUUCCAGCAGGCCCGAGCCGUGGGGCUGGCUGGCACCUUCCGUGCCUUCUUGUCCUCUAGGCUGCAGGACCUCUACAGUAUUGUGCGCCGUGCUGACCGGGGGACUGUGCCUAUCGUCAACCUGAAGGAUGAGGUGCUAUCUGCCAGCUGGGACACCCUGUUUUCUGGCUCCCAGGGGCAACUGCAGCCUGGGGCCCGCAUCUUUUCUUUCGAUGGCAGAGAUGUCCUGAGACACCCAGCCUGGCCUCAGAAGAGUAUAUGGCACGGCUCAGACCCCAGCGGGCGCAGGCUGAUGGAGAAUUACUGUGAGACAUGGCGGACUGAGGCCAGUGAGGCCACAGGUCAGGCCUCCUCCCUGCUGUCAGGCAGGCUGCUGGAACAGAGAGCUGCGAGCUGCCACAACGCCUACAUCGUCCUGUGCAUCGAGAAUAGUUUCAUGACCCCCUUCUCCAAGUAGGGCCUCUGCCAGCUAGAAUGGUGGACAGGGAGGCACAGGACGGACACAGUGCAGGGAGCAUCUGGUCAGCGCCCAGGGCCUGGCUGGGAUAAGAACCUGUGUAGUUCACACUUUAUGUAAUCCUCGAGAAAUAAAAGGAAGCCAAAGAGUAUAUUUUUUUAAACAUUUAAAAUAGACUUCCUGCUCUUCCUCUCCCACUUGAACUGGCCAGGCUGGGGUCACAGAUCCUCCUCCAUGCUUGGUGGAGCUCUAGGGCCAAGUCAGGCCAUAGCUGGGUGUCGGCAGGGGACUGCCCUAGGGUUGCUGCCCCAAACCUGCUGACUUCCUCUAACCUGGCAUCUUUCCGGGCACAGAGCCUUUAAAAGGCAGUCCCAUGUGCGUGCUGGGGACAGACCCCGGGACAGUGCAGGACAGCUGGGACUUUCCUCUCAGCACCCGGUGACUGCCAACAGUACAGGCAGGCACCUGCUCACCCAGGUGCUAACUGGGACCACCCAUGCUGAUUGGUGGGAACCACCUCUCCUGCUUCCCCCGUCUCCAGUAACAACACUCCCUGCCAGAGCAGGUUUCCAAGCUUAGUACUCACUGUGACGACCGGAUCUGAACCCUGUCCUGUCACUGUGUACAGAGGCCAGGAGUGUGGUCAGGCUUAGCCCACGUGCUCAUUUUGCCUGGGGGCCAGACGCGACAUGGGGCCCACCCUCAGGCUUGUCUCUCAGUCUGGCCUCCCUGGUGACCCAUGAGAUCCCAUCCAGAGUGAAACCCAAGCCCAACCAAGGCCAAGAGCUAGGUCCCGAGAGCACCCUGUCCUUGCUCACCAGCCCGAGGUCCAGGGAUCUUGCAGCAGCUGCACCAAACACCUGACGGAGAGACAUGUGUGCUCAGGGCCACAAGUGGCCGAUCAGAGCCACUAUGCCUGCCUCAGGCUCUGAUGCCCAAGGAUGGGGACAAAUCCAAUGGGGCUAGUUCUGUGACUGUGUGAUAUGAAGCCAUUUCGAAGAGGUACCAAAUAAAAGUGACCUUUUAUACAGA